AUGGAUAGAGGCUCCAUGGAGCCGCUCGCCUGUGACAACCGUGCACCGUCCACGGGCAGACAGGGCACCAUACCAGGUGGGCAAAAGGAGGUGCCCGGCUACCUCAUGAACAUGGUAAAUAACAAGACAUGGCCACAAUGGAUACAGUGUGGGAUGGGCGGACUCGAGGAGGAAUGUCUUGGGGGUACCCGGUACAGGCGGAUAGCUCUAAGCGCCGUAGUGCCAAUGGGUGGUGUUGCAGCGUGUUUGGAGACGUGCAACAUGGAAAUAACAGGACAACGCAGCCAUGGUGCACUUGGCAGACAGGACAGCGAGGGCAGUGUCAGGCUGCCCCUUGCAAAGGUCGAGCAGAGAAUUAAUAUUGAGGGUUUGUUUUGCGUUCGUCGAUCGGGGCUCGGGAACGGGGGCAAAGUGGCGUUCGCAAAGGCCUUGAGAGUCCAUGUGGUGCUUUUGAGACGCCGCAUGAUCCCCUGA